CAUCUUUAAGACAUUAACAUCAAUUAUCUUAUAAACAAAUUUCCAAUUUGUUGUUGUUGUUGUAUAAAUUGGUAAUUAGUGUUACGAAUUUAGGGGGUUUGAAGAUGGUGGCAAUGCAUGUGGAGCAACUCAAUCAAUUAAAGGACAUUUUCACGAGGUUCGACAUGGAUUCCGAUGGCAGCCUUACGAUUUUGGAGCUGGCGGCGUUGCUCCGGUCGUUAGGACUUAAACCGACGGGGGAUCAAAUCCAUGUUCUAUUGGCCAACAUGGAUUCUAAUGGCAAUGGUGCAGUGGAGUUUGAAGAAUUAGCGAAUGCCAUUGUACCUCAUAUGAAUGAACAGGUACUUGUAAAUCAAGAGCAACUCAUGGAGGUAUUUCAUUUGUUCGAUCGUGACGGUAACGGUUACAUCACACCGGCGGAAUUGGCGGGUUGUAUGGCUAAAAUGGGGCAACCGUUAUCGUACCGAGAGUUAACGGAGAUGAUCAGAGAGGCUGAUGCGGAUGGCGAUGGUGUGAUUAGCUUCAAUGAGUUUUCUACAGUAAUGGCUAGGUCAGCCCUGGAUUUUCUAGGCGUUCGUUUAUCUAUGUAACCAAAGAUUUUUCUGGUUUUAAUGUUUAGGUGACAUGGUUGAUUUGGGUUCCAGAU